CGUGAUACUCAUUUCGCCGGUUCUUACCGUUGGAGGAUGGCUGCUCUACUCUGUGAAAAUUGCUCUAGUCGGUACCACCACCCCCAGCUCAACCGGCCCCUGGAGAUCAGCUGCAUGCUGCUUCUGAUCAUGCUUGGAAAAGUGGGCCUGGAUUUCUUCAUGCUGCAAGUCAAGCACAAAAAAGUGAAAGUUAGUUUUAUGGGAUAUUUUUGCGUCUCUCUGGCACUGCUUGAUUUCGUCCUGCUGCUGAAUAUAGCCGUCAUUCUGUAUUUGGAGGACUUUGCGCUCUGGGGUGUCAGAUUUACUAAGUACCACAUCUGCCUGUUUACUCAGAUCAUUUCCCUUACUUACGGUACUUUGCAUUACCCGGUGUAUCUCGUGGCAGGUCUGGAUUAUUACAUGACUAUAGCCCAAACCUCUCAAUUCCCCCGAAGAGGUCGAAGAUUAUUUUACAUUUUUGUUGUGGUUUUUAUAUGGAUUUCGGGUUUUUUUUGUAUUCUGAAAGUUCCCGCUAUCUACGAAGAACUAGAAAUUCGGAACCAUUUCUCUCCUUAUCAGUGUCCUCUCUACGUCAGCGUGCAGAGCUACUCGGUCUCAGUCGCCAUGCUGGUUCUCAUAGGCACGGCUCUCGUGGUUUGCUGGAAGGAAAUGAUCACCAUGCUGCUGUCCGUGAGGGUAGGGUCCUUUGCCAGCCAGUCAGUUCUGAUGUUCUCCUACGUGUCCAACAACAGCAGCACUUGUUUCAAGCGGCAGCUUCUGACCAGACUCCUCAUCUGUUUUCUUGGCACUUGGGCACCUUUUGUUCUUCUCCAGUUUAUCAUUUUGUUUCUCGGUGCUUGGAUUCCAGCCUACAUGGAGAUGAACGUCCCUUGGCUGUACUUCAUCAACAGCUUUCUUAUUGCAGUAGCAUACUGGUGUCGAUGUCACGACGUUGAACUGACAGAGGAGAUGUGGGCUACAGAUCCAUUUGUCAGCUGGAAAUUCUGCUUUCUGCCAUUUAACAAUGAAAACACAGAGCCAGCUGAAAAGCUAGGCACGGUAAUUGUAAUCUGUUAAUGAGCUGCUGACUGAAAAGGUUGCUAGCGCUGUGCGUACUUCGAUGUUGUGUGCCAGUGUCCUUACAGGUAAUACAAGGAAGCAUCUCCAGAGCUACAGCCCAAGGGAAGCAAAUCCAACAUUCCUGAGUACAGUAAGGAAUAGCACACCAGAACGUGGGAUGCUGCACACUUUAUUUCCCAUAUUUCCGUAUGGGCUUUAUUUCCGUUUCAGAGUAUUCUUCAAUACUCUGAAGACCACUAUUUACAUAAAAUAAGUUCUUGGUUAAA